GAGCACACUCAGCAAUAUCAGAGCAGUCAUGUCUGACAGAAAGGCAGUGAUAAAAAAUGCGGACAUGUCCGAGGAGAUGCAGCAGGAUGCUGUUGAGUGUGCUACACAGGCUCUAGAGAAAUACAACAUCGAGAAGGACAUUGCUGCCUACAUCAAAAAGGAGUUUGACAAAAAAUACAACCCCACCUGGCACUGCAUUGUGGGAAGAAACUUCGGGAGCUACGUGACCCACGAGACCAAGCACUUCAUCUAUUUCUACCUGGGCCAAGUUGCCAUUCUGCUGUUCAAAUCUGGCUGAGACCAAGCUUUAUCAUCACCUGACCAUUUAUUACUGACUGACUACAGUAAGGCUGAGCAUUCCUGUUCUGGGACCUGCCUUCUCUUGGCUGCUUCUUUUUUUGUUCCUCUUUUUGUUUUAAAAUAAUGUCUACAUAUGGGGACAAAACAGAUUAAGGAACAUGUAUUUAUUUGUUUUCUAAACACAUUUGUCAUUUCAGUGUUUUUGUUUGUAAUUAAAACAAAAUGACUUUGCCCACAUGGAUGGAUGUAAGGACAGUAAUUUUUUUGGUCAACAACAGGCUUGAAAAUGAUACAUAAAAUGUCUAAUAAAUGGAAUUUGGAAGUGGAAUUGUUUGUGGCAAGCAUCAAUGCACAGGUUAUUAAACACGUUUAUUACAUACAUGUUGAUAGUUAUUAACCUACAGUGUGUUUAACAUGUGACUUUUAGUUUGCUGCUAUUUAGCUUUGGGUCUUUGUAUGGUGUUCAGUCUAUCACAAUCUUGACUUUUUCUCCUUUCACUUCAGUGAUGUUAAUUCAAAAAUGUCAUGUAUCAAAUAUUGGCUUUCACAACCAUAUCUAUACUGGUCCCUGUACAUUGCCACUUAACUUUAGUUUUAAAUUUGCAUUUAAAUGGUAUUUGAGUACUGUGCAAUAGGUUUUACAAUGUUAUAGCAAUACACUGCAACCUGUAAAAUUAAAUAUUUCAAGAUUACUGUUCUAAGUUCUGCUUGACUGACUUGAUGUAAGAAGCAAGACCUUGGCUAAAUGUUUAUCCCAACAUGCACGAUUAAAGAUACUGAGGACAGAGUUUUCAA